UCCAUUCAUUGGCCCUGCCGCACUGGGCCUGCUGGGCACCGCUUCCGCUCCACCCCAUUCCUCCACAGCUCAGCUGCUGCCUCGUGGGGCUACCAGGGGCAGGCAUCCCGGGAGCUUUGUCUGACUGGGCUGGGGCAGGGCAGAAUGGGGGUUCUGGCAGUGCUGUUGAGGGUACUGGGCUUCCUGGGGUUGGCUCUGGGGGGCUCCCCUGACCUCCCCUGGGACAGCACCUCCUGCCACUUGGCCAAGCCCAUCCCUGGCAACCCUCUGGGGUCCCUGAGCUUCCUGGGCAAGGAUGCUCAGGGACUGGCCCUAUUCCAUGCCCGCUGGGAUGCGUACGGGAGGCUGCAGGCAUGUAGCCGGCAGGAUGGACUGGAGCUCACCACAGCCUUUAGAGCCCUCUGUGCUCAGGAGACUACCCAGGGCUCCUUCAUCCGCUCCCCAGGGCCCAAGCUGCAGAGAGUAUUGGCCACCCUUCAGAGUCAGUGGGAGGCAUGCCGGGAGCCUGAAGAGAGUCCAGCAGGGGCCAGGGAGAAGCGAGCAGCAGGGCAGAGUUCAGCGCCUGGCAGAGGCCACCCACGAGUGAAGAGAGGCUGGACAGUGCCUGGCACCCUGUGGUGUGGAGUUGGCAACUCUGCUGGGAACUCCUCAGAGCUCGGGGUCUUCCAGGGCCCUGAUCUCUGCUGCCGUGAACACGACCGCUGCCCACAGAACAUCUCACCCUUGCAGUACAAUUACGGCAUCCGAAACUACCGAUUCCACACCAUCUCCCACUGUGACUGUGAUACCAGGUUCCGGGAAUGCCUGAGGAACCAGCGAGACUCCAUCUCAGACAUCGUGGGUGUGGCCUUCUUCAAUGUGCUGGAGAUCCCCUGCUUUGUGCUGGAGGAACAGGAGGCGUGUGUGGUGUGGUACUGGUGGGGCGGGUGUAGGACAUAUGGCUCAGUGCCCCUCGCUCGUCUCCAGCCCAGGACUCUCUACAAUGCUUCCUGGAGCUCCCCGGCCACCUCCCUGACUCCCAGUCCCCAGAGCCCAUCCCCUACCAAGCGUCGACGGAAGCAGCACCCUCAGAAGUGGCUGCCACAGCGGAAAAGGUUCAAGCAUCCCAGCAAAACCAACAUCACAGCCCUCCAGGCCCCUGUGACCUCCCUCAAGCCUGAUGUGGCCCCCACAGCCCAGCUGCCAGUCCCCCAUCCAGGCCUUCAGGGCCCAUGGAGUGGCCUCAAAUCUCAGGGUGCCCGCCGGGCCUGUCGUAGCUUCCGCCACUUGGACCAAUGUGAGCACCGCAUUGAGCCCCAGGAAACCAAAUUCCAGCUAUUCAACAGUGCCCCGGCGCCUCUCUUCCACUGCAAUUGUACUCGCCGGCUGUCACGCUUCCCGAAGCUCCAUGGUCCACAUGCAGGCACCAAUAUGAUUUGGGAGGAGCUGGGCACGACAUGCUUCAAGCUGGCCCCUCCACUGGACUGUGAUGAUGGCAAAGAUUGUUCCAGAGACCUUAAGGCCAUCAAGGUGUCAGCUCGGCAUUUGCGUAGGCUUCGUCAGAGACGACUCCAGCUCUGGGGUAAAGGCACAGAUGAGGAGCAGGCAUGGCCUUCGAAGCACCCUAAAGUGCCCGUGUUAUUCUACACGCAGUGCAUGUGGCUAAUCCAGGCAUCCCGGAGACACGAUGGGCAGCAGAAAUCCUGGAGCCAGUGACCUCUGUUCUAGCUGUCCUUGGGCUCCAACCUAGACCUUGCUUGCAGCUUUGCUGGGCUCUGAGAGUCUCAGCCUCCUCUCUAUGGGUUAUAGUGAAGCAGGGGAGAGGCUUUUAUGGACAACCAGGAGGCUGAAUGUGGGAACCCUAAGGCCCAAAUGCUUAACCUUGAGCUGGUGACACUAGCCCUCUGGCCAGGUUGUGGUAUUCAGAAGGUUCACUCUGAUGUCCUUGGGACUUGCCAGAGAAUUUCAUGUAUGGAUGGGAACACAGAGAGGAUAACUUAUUGCAGCAGCCCCGGGAGGUACCAGGAGGAGGUACAUUAUGUUGCAAAAUCAAUACCUGUCUCAAGAACUGCCUAGGGGAGCCCCACAGCCUGGCAUCUGAGGCCUGGGGCAGCAGGCGGAGAAUUAGGGAUUUCUUGUGUGUGUGUGUGUGUGUGUUUUGGCUGGGGCUGGGUUUGAACCCGCCACCUCUGGCAUAUGGGACCAGCACCCUACCCCUUUGAGCCACAGGCACUGCCCGAGAAUUAGGGAUUUCAUAGACAUGCCUGUGUCUGAAUGAGUGUGGGCAUCAGAGAAGGCUUCCCAACUCCUCUUCCCAGCUGCUGUGGUCUUCCAGGCCCAGCCCUAGCUCAUUCUUUCUGCCCUAAACCUAAAUUCAAAUAUCCUCUGUGCCCUUGAGCAGGGACCUCCCUCUACCACUCUGAGCCUUAGUUUCUUUCUUUAAAAAAGGGAGUUGUAAACAAGAGCUACCUCAUAGGGUUAUUGAAGAUUAAGUGAACCAAUACAUAUACGGUGCUUAGCAACUAGUAAGUGUUCUCUCCCUUCAAUAUAGAGCCAAACUGCUUUGGUGUCUGAUCUUGAGAGACUGAUGUAAUCCUAUUAGGAACUUCAGUUUGCUCAUCUGUGAAAUGGGUCUAAAAAUAGCACUGACCCCACAGGGUUGUGUGGUGCAGAUUAAAGGAGAUGGCAUGUGU